AUGGACUUUCAACAACCGGAAUUUACGGCAGAUGAGGAUAGGGCCUGGGCCAACAUCGCAAAACCGGGGUUUCGCGACCCUAAAAUUCUUCAUGACUUUUGGCAAAAAUUCAAUACAUGUAAUAUUCCUCUAUUGCCACGAGAUAACUUCGUUGUCGACGCACUGGACUGUGCACGGUUAGCUGAGGAUCGCACCCAUCUCGAAGAGCUUUUGCAGAAGAAGUUCGAGUAUCGCUGCAAGACGCUUGGGGAUGGAAUAACCGGCUUUCUAUGCGCCGCGCUGGACACUGACGCGUAUCAAGCCGCGCCUAAGGAUGUCCGCCUUGCUGCCCAAAACAUCAGCAUCAGUGGUGGUAGCCUAAAGACAUUUAUCGAAUUCGUUUACGGAGUCAUUAGCAGCCCGGAUCAAGGUGGUUUUGGACGAGAGAUGGAAACCCCGCCAGAACUACCGAGGACGCCGAGCGAAAUACCGAGAACGCCGAGCGACAAUCGCGACAGUGUGGACAUUAGCGACCUCCCUACCCCGGACGACGGGGCACAACGUAUCGACCGUUUUGACGUGCGCUACGAUGACGAUUUAGAACAGCAAAUUGAGGAAAAUUGGCGAUCGACAAGAAUCACGGAGUUACGCGACGAUGCACAAAUAACCGCCGCGCCGCUGCCUGAUGAUCGACAGGCUUUUAAUCCACAGGAGCAUAAAGUUUCAGGCCAAAACCGCACCAAAGAAUCUCAGUAUCAAGCAGCCGCUGGCUCUGGGCCACAAGACAAGUCCACACAAUCCCCGAUCACACCAGCCGAUACGCGGUCAACAGGGGAAGGCAUCUCAGACCGGCCCUUGACACCUAAAGUAUAUCUGCAUCAGCCGUCUUCAACAACAUUUACAGGAUUGGAUGCGGAAAAACCACCAGUGGCAUCAACUAAAACGCUCGAGGCUUACAGUCCAAACAAUUCGCCGGAGGUAACCGCAACAGCAAUCAUAGCCUCGUGUGCCCUCGAGAGUUCUGCAACUCCUUGCAGUGGGCGUAAGAGAAGGAUAGACAAGGAUUUCUCAGCCAGGUUAGAAGGGCAUGACGUCACAAGCUUGAAGCAACCCAAGUUUGAGGAAGUAGGACAAGCAAAACGGAGAAAGUACUGUGACGAUGUUGAUUAA